UCUCUGUUCACUCAAAGCAAUUUGUUUGCGAUCUCAGUUACAGGCUGUGAGAAUGAGAAUCACCCGUUCAUCUGCGCUGAUGGCACAAACUGCAUCCCUGCCAAACUGAGAUGCGAUGGCCACUAUAACUGCCCUGAUAAGUCCGACGAGAAAUAUUGCGCUGAAGAUCCACUUUCUAGCAAACUUGACGGUCCAAGAGGAGAGAAAGGUGAAAAAGGUGAAAAGGGUUCCAUGGGGCUCAAAGGAGAACCACUCAGAGGUCCGCCGGGUCCCCCAGGUCCCCCAGGACCUCCUGGCUCUUACAUUCUGGGUGGAGAGGGAACAGAAGCAGUCACUUUGACGGGAGAGGAGGGAUCUGGAGACGAUGAACAGUACAUUCGAGUACCGGAAACAGCAAGAUCCAAGCCGGAUCUCCGAGGUCCUGCAGGUCCACCAGGAGUCUGUUCAUGUGAUUUGGCUGAAAUGCUGAAGAGCAAUGAUUCACCACAACUGAAAUCCGUAUUGCAAAGUUUCAUUGGAAUAGAUAGUUCAAAACCAGUUGGAUUUCCAGGCCUACCAGGAGAUUUGAUCAAGUGUGAUACGACAACACUAGAAGGAGAAUCUGGAAUCAAAUGUUUGAAGGGAUCGAAAGGUGAACCAGGAAUAGAUGGCACACCAGGAGAGCCAGGGCCGGCCGGACCCCCUGGACCCCCGGGAACAAUCUCAUCUAGUGCUUUGGAGGGACUCAGUCAAGUGGAUGAGAAGUUAAUGAGGGCCGGAGCGCCAGGUCAGAAAGGAGAGGCUGGUCAUGAUGGAACACCCGGACUCCCUGGCGAACGGGGGUCACCUGGAGAGAAGGGCGACAAGGGUGAUACAGGUCUUGCAGGAGAAAAAGGAGAGCGGGGUGACAGAGGGGAUCUAGGCCUUCCAGGACUGAGAGGAGAUCCAGGAAGUAAGGGUGCAGACGGAAAGGAUGGAGCUCCAGGAGAAAAUGGUAGAGAUGGUGAGAAAGGUCAAAAAGGUGAUGCUGGUCCUGCUGGCCCCCCAGGUCCCCCAGGAAACGCAAUACCCAACUUGGGCUCCGCUACAGGGAAGACAGGCAGUGAAGAGAGAGUUAAAGGUGAUAAGGGUGACAAAGGUGAUAAAGGGGAGAAGGGAGAUGUUGGCAGUAUUGGUGCGCCUGGACCCCAAGGACUAACAGGUUUACCAGGUUCUGUUGGGUCGCCCGGUGAAAGAGGUCUUCCGGGAGAGCUCGGCCCAAUGGGUCCAGCAGGCAUAAAAGGGGAGCCGGGUCCCCCAGGCAGUCCGGCAUCCGUUUCUAGUUCAAAAGGCGAGAAGGGAGACCGGGGAUUGCGGGGCAAAAGAGGCAAGCCAGGAUUACCAGGACCUCCCGGGAAGCCAGGUCCCGUGGGAGAGAUAGGACUGCCUGGAUUUCCUGGUAGGUCGGGUGUUGGCACAGCUGGUGCCAAGGGUCAAAAAGGAGAACCAGGCAUAAUAAAGACUACACUGGGAGAAACCGUCCUUAUAAAGGGAGAGAAAGGAGAACCUGGAGUUCCUGUAAUUAUCAACACCAAUGAAGACGGAGUGAAAUUUGUUCCUGUUCCUGGACCUCCUGGUCCACCUGGUGCUCCUGGUCCCUCAGGACCUCAGGGAUCUCCGGGAGUGUCAGUUAUUGGUCAGAAGGGAGAGCCAGGACCACCAGGAACUGUAUUUGGCCAGCCAAAGCUAAUAGGUGCAAAUUCACAGGGAAAACCAGGCCCUCCUGGACCUGCUGGACCCCCAGGACCUCCAGGAACCCCAGGAUCUACUGAACCAACAAGAAUAGUUCCCGGAGCUGUCACAUUUCAAAAUCAAGAUGAUAUGUUGAAGAUGACAUUGGUCAGCCCUGUUGGAACUCUGGCUUAUAUUAUUGGAGAGGAGGCGCUCUUGGUGAGAGUGAACAACGGAUGGCAGUAUAUUUCUCUUGGUUCAGUGGUACUCCUCACAACAGAGCCUCCUCCUACCACUACAACUGAAAUGACUUCAACUCCUUUUGAAGCUUCCAAUUUAGUCAAUAAUCAACUUAUCCCUGCCAAGGAUGGGCCUGUGUGGAACCCAAAACUGCUGCGCAUGGCUGCUCUGAAUGAGCCUUACACGGGAGACAUAAAGGGACAGCGUGGAGCUGACUACGCCUGCUACAGGCAAGCGAGGAGAGCCGGGCUCCGAGGAACAUUCCGCGCAUUCUUGUCUUCCAGAGUUCAGAAUUUGGACUCCAUUGUCAAAUUUUCCGACCAAGAGUUACCUGUUGUGAAUAUCAAGGGGGACGUUUUGUUCAACUCAUGGAAAGAUAUAUUUAGUGGCAAUGACGCAUUCUUCUCUCAACAGCCGAGAAUAUACAGCUUUAGUGGUAAAAAUAUACUGACAGAUCUCUCAUGGCCGCAGAAGUUGGUUUGGCAUGGAUCGCACAAGUCGGGAGAGAGAGCGAUGGACUUGUACUGCGAUGCGUGGGACUCGGACAGUGCAGACAGAUUCGGGCUGGCCUCCCCCCUCCUCCACGGACGCCUGCUACAGCAGGACAAGUUCUCCUGCAACAACAGGUUCGCCGUCCUCUGCAUCGAGGCAACCAGUCAGCCCAUCAGGCGCAGGAGGCGCAGACGGAAGAGGAGAGAUGCACCAGUAUGACCAAUCGAAAGCUAGUGGAUGCGCACCAUCAAUAUUCUAGAUGAUAUGUGGCUAUAUGGACAAAGCUAUUGGAACAAUCUUUAUAGACACUUAUUCAAAUUGCCAAACCAGUUUUAACUAUUAUUCUUCGAAAUAAAUGUAAUUUCCUAUCAUACGUGUGUAAGUGAUCGAUAAUUUAAUUAACGAACUUGUAUGAAUAAGAGUUAUGAAUGUCGAAUGU